AUGAAUCAGUCAAGGAAGAACACAGAGACCAUCACAGCCGCUCAAAAACACCUCCAGGCUGCCUCGAACUUGCUCCUGUCGACAUCACCGCAUAUAUCGGCUUUUCUAGCGUCACAACUCCAACAGACCAAGUCACCAUCAUUGUCGCACUCGAACGCUAUCCCGAACAACUGUCGCGCUUGUGGAAAUCCUCUGAUUCCCGGAUGGUCUUGUAUCGUGUCUAAAAGGAGACUUCCAGAGUCCUCAUCCAAGAAGCCCAAGACCAAGUCCAAAGUCGCAAAGAAGCCUGCCAUACCUCAGCACACGUACAUGGACUACAAGUGUACCCUGUGCAACAGCGUCAACACAGCCAAGUCGGAGACACAAGCCCCAGCCCGACGCUCUAAAUCAGCUAUAUCAUUUCUACAGGGCAAGCCUACUGUUAUGUCAACACCAGUCCAGACCAACGCUACAACUACUACGAAGCCGACCAUAGCAACAACAAGUACACCAAGUCCUGCUCCUUCAACAGCAGUCUCGUCGUCUUCUGAACAAGCUCGUGGUGGAGCAGACAAGAAGAGAAAUCGCAAGCAGAAACUCGGAGGCUUACAAGCCAUGCUGGCAAAGUCGAAAGCUCCGGCUUCCACACCCAAAGCUUUCGAUUUCAUGGACUUUAUGAAGACGACCUGA